AUGGCCUGCCCACCGCCUCUGUCGGGGGGGAAGGGACUGGGGCAGGCCUUUCCUCGCCCACCCCCCAUCCCCGGUGGCCCUCUCCAUCCCCCGCUCCGCCCGAAGCCGGGCACCGUGCCCUCAGGGGAGGAAGUGGGAGCGGGCAUCGGCGGAAGCCAAGGAGAGCGGGGCACAACAGGAACUCAACGUACCUACCUCGCAGUGGCGACGGAGGGGGCGGGGGAGCCCAAGGUUGGUUGGGGGGCGCGGGACCUGCCCUCUCCCAGGUUGUCCUCUCCCCGGAAAGAAGGGGAGCGGGACAUCGCGUCCCAGAACAGGCCGGUUUGUAUUCAAUAUUGUAACUUCUGUGUGGUCGAGUGGGAGAGCGAGCGGGCCCUGGGGGGCCGGGGUGGGCCAGAAGUGAGCGAGGUGUGGGCCUUAAAGUGUCUGUUGUUACUCAGUGGCAGAGUCUGUGGCUUCUUUGCUCCGCCCCAACCCCCCAACUCCCACCAGACCACCCCAGAGGAGGAGAGGGCGCUCGCGCCGGCGGUGAUGGCGGACGAGGAGGAGGCGGAGGUGGCGGCACAACUAAGGGCCUUGGGGCUCUCCGGCCUCUCCUUCAGGACGCUGUGCGCGCGGCUGGUGGAGGAGCUGGCAGCCCGGAGGGCUCUGGAGGAGGCGGCCCUUCUCAGCCCUGGACACGAGCCCGGCACGGAGGAGAGCUUCCUGCUGGAGCUGAGCGGGCUGCUGCGGGAGCUCCACUGCCCCGAUCCCGUGCUCACCGCCGGGGAGCCCGCCGUGUGCCUCCGCCAGCCCUGCACCCGACUGCGCCUGCUCCGUUUUCUCUGCUCAGAGGUCCAGGCGGCCCGACUGCUCCGUCGCAAGACGCCCCGGGUCCGGUCGCAGGAGGAAGGGGAGCGGCUCUGGAAAACCAGGGAGGAACUGACCCUCAUCUGCGAGGCCUUAGGAAUGCCCUCUCCCCAGCCUGGCACCGCCCCCAGCCAACUGUUUCAGGAGCUGCUCGCUAAGAUCUCAGAGCUGCUGCCCUUGCUGCCACCUGGACACCUGGCUCCUCUUCUGACCAGCUCCCUGGACUCUGCCCGCUGGGUAUGA